AAAAUUAAAUGUCUUACAAAUUAUUAAAACAAAAAAAUCAGUGGACUAGAAGAGAACUUGCUCACUUGUUUGGCAACUUUCAAUCAUUUGUACUUUUAACUUCCACAUAAAGGUGCAGUAACUGACGCGUUUUUGCGCGAUAAAUUAUCAAAAUCAAGUACUCAUGGCUGAAGUUGGCAAUGUAGCUUGCACUCAAAGAUGGAAGAUACCAAUCUUUGUUUUCUUUCAAGACAUUUGGAAUGUGUUUAAAUUCGAUAAUCUUGGGAUGGAAAUCCUACGUAUCGCGUUCCCUGCAGCUCUUGCAUUAGCUGCUGAUCCUAUUGCUUCUCUCAUUGAUACAGCAUUCAUCGGUCAUUUAGGGGCAGUUGAAAUUGCAGCAGUAGGAGUUUCAAUUGCCAUUUUUAAUCAAGCAUCUAAAGUCACAAUCUUCCCUUUAGUGAACAUAACAACUUCAUUUGUUGCGGAGGAAGAUACUGUGAGAAGAAUUAAUGAAAAAGAAGCAAUUGCUGAUUUGGAGAAGGGUAAAAUGGAGAAGAAUGAUUCAACAAAACAGCUAGUACUAACUAAUGGUAAUAACAAUGACAAGACAGAAACCAAAGAGUCCGUGUUAGCACAAGAAUGUAAGACGACGAAAUGUGAGUCUUUGGAACUCAAACGUGUGAAGCGGCAUAUUCCAUCAGCUUCAACUGCAAUUCUCAUGGGAUGCAUUCUUGGCAUUCUCCAGACGAUUUUCCUCAUAUUUCUUGCGAAACCAAUUUUAAGCUUAAUGGGUGUGAAAUCUGGUUCUCCUAUGCUUUCUCCAGCGAAGAAGUAUUUGACUUUAAGGGCAAUUGGUGCCCCUGCAGUCCUCCUUUCUUUGGCUAUGCAAGGCGUUUUUCGCGGUUUCAAAGAUACAAAAACUCCGUUAUUUGCUACUGUUGUUGGAGAUUUAACAAACAUAAUUUUGGACCCAAUCUUUAUUUUUGUUUUCCAUUGGGGUGUUAGUGGUGCUGCCAUUGCUCAUGUUCUUUCUCAGUACUUGAUAUCGAUUAUUCUCCUAUGCAAAUUGAUGACAGAAGUUCAUCUGUUACCUCCUAGCACAAAAGAUCUGCAGUUCAGCAAAUUUCUCAAGAAUGGAUUUUGGUUACUAGCAAGGGUGAUAGCAGUCACAUUUUGUGUGACAUUGUCUGCAUCGUUGGCUGCACGAUUAGGCACAACGCAGAUGGCUGCGUUUCAAGUAUGCUUACAAAUCUGGCUAACAUCAUCUCUGCUUGCUGAUGGAUUAGCUGUAGCAGGGCAGGCAAUACUUGCUACUUCAUUUGCUGAGAAAGACUUCCAAAAGGCAAAAGCUGCAGGAGUGCGAGUCCUACAGAUGGGAUUAGUGUUGGGAUUCGGACUUGCUGCAGUCGUUGCAACAGGGUUAUACUUCGGAUCAGGAGUUUUUUCAAAGGACAAAAAUGUUAUCCGUCUCAUAAUCAUUGCCAUCCCGUUUGUUGCUGGUACACAACCAAUCAACUCAGUGGCAUUUGUGUUAGAUGGUGUCAACUUUGGAGCAAGUGAUUUUGCAUACUCUGCAUAUUCCAUGGUUUUAGUUGGUGCACUAACCAUAACCUCUGAGUUUGUCCUUUCAAAAACCAAUGGCUACAUUGGUAUAUGGAUUGCUUUAACCAUAUUCAUGGUCCUGCGUACAUUUGCCGGUUUAUGGAGGAUGGGGACAGGAACAGGACCAUGGCGUUUUCUGCGGAUUCCAGUGAUGUCAGUUGAAGCCAAGUCAUAGAAUUGCUAGAGCACUUGUUUGACUAAAUAUAUUCCAUCUAUUAUUUUCCUUGGGAGUUAUAAUUAUUUUUCUUGCGUAUAGGGUAAAAAUUCUACAGAAUGUUUUACUCAAUAUAUAUGUUACUAUAUAAUAUAAUAAUAAUAAUAUAUAGUGAUGUCAUUUUCAUAUGAUUUUGACAU